UCCAUAAGUUAGAUAAAAAAAAAACCAACAAAGACCGCCAAUUGAUGAAAUACUGAAUAUUAGGGAAAUAUAUAUAGGGAUUCAUUACUAAAAUGGAAAGUGAAGAGAAAAGUGAAGCAGUUAUCAGCAAUAACACAGAGUGUGCACUACCAUGCUCCAAACAAGAUAUAACAACUGUCGUAGGUGAUACUGGUUCCUCUGCCAUUGAGGCGGCUGUUUCUGGCGCCGAGGCUUCGUCAAAGGAUGAAGCAGCUGGAUUUCAAAAUGAUGAUGCCGAACUAGCUAAUAUAAUGACUGCCGAGGAAUAUUUACAGCGAAAAGAUGUUCAAAUGCUCGCAUAUGAAAGGCAAAUGUUUCUGGAUAUAGUGAAUUCGGAUGGUCUAAUUGUUUGCGCAAAGGGUUUGCAUUACGAUCGCGUGCUUACAAAUGUACUGAGGGUUUACAGUGAUCCAGGCAACUUAAUUCUGGUAAUAAAUUUUUCUGAUUGGGAAGAGCUAUAUUACAAGUCGAAAUUGGACAAGAAAUAUGUACACGAAGUAGCUACCACUGCCACAGAACGAGAACGCGUGUACUUGGAAGGUGGCAUACAGUUUAUAAGUACACGCAUUUUAGUUGUGGAUAUGUUAAAAAAACGUAUACCUAUCGAGUUGAUCACCGGUAUUGUAGUUAUGCGCGCCCACACUAUUAUCGAAUCCUGCCAGGAAGCAUUUGCGCUGCGGCUCUAUCGAAUGAGUAAUAAAACUGGCUUCAUUAAAGCAUUUUCCAGCAGCGCUGAAGCAUUUACAAUCGGAUAUGGGCAUAUAGAGCGUACUAUGCGUAACCUAUUUGUUAAACAACUCUUCAUUUGGCCACGUUUUCAUGCCAUCGUACAGCAGUCACUUAAACCCUAUGAGGCCCAAACAGUAGAGCUGCAUGUGCCAAUGUCGACGAAAAUGACGCUGAUACAAACACAUCUUCUGGAUAUAAUGAAUUAUUUGGUGCGCGAAAUAAAGCGUAUUAAUCGUCUUGUCGAUUUGGAUGAGAUUACUGUUGAGAAUUGCAUUACUAAAAAGUUUCACAAAAUUUUGCAAGCCCAGCUGGAUUGUAUUUGGCAUCAAUUGAACUCACAAACGAAACUGAUUGUAGCAGAUUUAAAAAUCUUACGCAAUCUAAUGAUUUCGACAAUAUAUAAUGAUGCUGUGGCCGCUUAUGCGCUAACUAAACGCUACCGCACCACAGAGUAUGCGUUAAGCAACUCAGGGUGGACACUGCUAGACUCAGCCGAGCAGAUUUUCAAAUUAUCAAAAGAACGUGUCUACAAUGCGCAAGGCGAGUUCGAUCCGGAACCUUGCCCGAAAUGGAAAUACUUGGUCGAAAUACUCAAAGUUGAAAUUCCGGGUGAUAUGAAACGUUCACAUCCCGAUUGCUUGGUGCCCCCAAAAGUGCUUAUCCUCUGCCAAGACACACGCACUUGUUUCCAAUUACGCCAGUUUCUCACACAAGGCGGUGAACGCUAUCUGCUAUACGCGGCCAUGCAGCAUGAAAUACCAAUUGGAAAGUUAGCUGAUAACUAUGACAAAGUGGAGAAUGUCAAAGAAAUUGAAAAGGUUUUAACACAACUACAGAAUUCGGCUGCUGCCAAUAAAAUCAAUACACAAAAGUGCAGUGGCACACAGAAAAGUAGGAUUGAGGCCAGUAGCGAUCACUCAGAAAUGACAGACAUUGAUGCGAGCGUAACCAAUGACGAACUGACACAGUUAUUGAUUGGCUCUGAUGGCGAAGAACAGCACGCACCAACGUAUUUUCAAGAAAGUUAUAUGUUGACAAUGACACAACUGGGCGAUGCCAAUGAUACAUUGCCCACAUUCGCUGAGCUUGACGCUGAUGCAGAUGUUAGUGGUGGUGGUGCUGCGGCGAUUAAUGUGAACACUUCAAUUUUUGAGCCUUUUCCAGAGCUGGAGAACUUGGAUAUGACUGCCGCUGUAGCUGCACGCAACCAACCUCUCAUCUGCAUACAAACAUUCAAGACAGAGCGUGAAGGCGCUAUGGCGCUGGAUCGUACACUAGAUGAAAUACAGCCACAGUAUGUGAUUAUGUAUCAUUGUAAUGUGACGGCCAUAAGACAAUUAGAGAUAUUCGAAGCUAGUCAGCGGCGUGCUGCCAAAGAUCGUAUGCGUGUAUUUUUCUUGUUGCAUGCGCGUACCGUCGAAGAGCAAUCUUAUUUGACGAGCUUGCGCCGUGAAAAGCAGGCGUUCGAAUUAAUCAUCGAUACGAAACGUGUCAUGGUCAUACCCGAGUAUCAGGAUGGUAAAACGGAUGAAGCUUUUAUACUCUACAAAACGUACGCGGAGACUGAGGGUUUAGAAGAAGCUAAUGCUGUCAGUCGUGAAGCCGGCGGACAAGCCAGUCUUGUGCCGAUUGCUGCGCCUAAAAUUAUUGUAGACAUGCGUGAAUUCCGUUCGGACUUGCCAUGUUUAAUACACAAACGUGGCAUGGAAGUGCUGCCUGUUACUAUAACGAUAGGUGACUACAUACUUACGCCAAACAUUUGCGUUGAACGCAAAUCGAUUUCCGAUUUAAUCGGUUCUCUCAAUUCGGGUCGUUUGUAUAAUCAGUGCAUACAAAUGCAGCGCUACUAUGCCAAGCCGAUAUUACUAAUAGAAUUCGAUCAGAAUAAACCAUUUCAUCUGCAGGGCAAAUAUAUGCUUUCACAAAAUACAACCUCCACUCAGUCGGACAUUGUGCAAAAGCUGCAGUUGCUCACAAUACAUUUUCCUAAACUACGUCUUAUUUGGUCACCCAGUCCUUAUGCCACCGCACAAUUGUUUCAGGAGCUAAAGAUGGACAAACCGCAGCCCGAUCCAAAGCAGGCGGCCGCAGUAGGUUGUGAUGAGUCCGGCGGUAGCAGUGAAGAGCUUAAAUAUAAUCCAAAUAUUUACGAUUUCCUGCUGCGUUUGCCUGGCGUAAAUACGCGUAAUGUGCACAAGCUAAUGCGUAACGGUGGUUCCCUGAAGGAGUUGCUGAAGCGUACGCAGGCUGAAAUUAGUGAAAUGCUUGAUUCACAAGAGAAUGGUCGCAUGUUGUGGGAUGCGCUGCAUGUAGCACAUUUACCCGAGAAGGAUGAGGUGUCCGGUGCUGCUGUCUUAGCUGCUGGCAAGAGCUAUGGUAGCCACUCACGUUUCCGACGUGGUGCAGCAGCUGCAGUGGCGGCGCGUGGCGCGCAGAGGCGAUAUAAAAAAUAAAAUUUUAUAAAAUUUUACAUUAUCAUUUCUACCCUUAAGA